AUGGUCGAGUCCGCUGCCAUUCGUGAUAUCUCGGACGCCUCCGUCUUCACCGACUACGCCGUCCCCAAGAUGUACCUGAAGCUGCAGUACUGCGUCUCCUGCGCUAUCCACGGCAAGAUUGUUCGUGUCCGCUCCCGGGAAGGUCGUCGCAACCGUGCUCCCCCUCCUCGUAUCAGGUACAACAAGGAUGGCAAGAAGCUGAACCCCCCUCAGGCCGCCAAGGCUAUGUAAGGAAGGAAUGACAACGAUUUCAAAAGAGAUAAAAGAAAAAUGGAAUUAGUUUAGGGGCCUUAACUGUUGCUUCUUAUUAUUUUUCUUUAUGUUGUCUGAAAAAAAAACCAGAACUUCUUUACUACUUUAUGCGGAAUUCUUAAAUGGAAAUGAACGGGUUUCAGUUUCGGGGUUGAAAUGAAUAUGCGCGGAGUCGUGUGUGAAAGAUGAAAUUCUAUACCAAUUUUUAAAACGAACAACGAAAUUUUCUAAGCAACUUAUCUUGGUUAAGUAAAGUAUCAAGAGUGACAUUCAUCCGAUGGAUACUGUAUGGAGGGUUGGUGUCGAGCUGGUAAUCGGAUAUUGAUGUACAUCAUUGAUCUGUUAUCAGAAUUUCAGGCAAGUUCAUACUGCUUCAGCCCUUAGUAGUGUUCACCUAGUAAGUAGUGCGACGUAAUAUG